GAUCUUCCCCUCGCUCCUCGAUAGCAACAUGCCUCUCGCCUCGAUACGCUCUCAGUCGACGGACGACCCUCAGAUCUUCUUCCCUCGCCUGUAUUCGCCAAAAUGGACGCCGCUGCUCCUCGUUAUCAGCGUAACUGGGUCUACAUUUCUACAGACCCUCUGGAGUGGAGCAUUGACCAUUGCCAUUCCCACCAUCGGCAAACAGCUCGGUCUCGCCGGUAACAAUCUACAAUGGCCCCUGACGCUCUUUUCUCUUUUCCAGGGAUCCUUCCUCCUCAUGGCAGGCGCUCUCUCUGAUUCCCUCGGCCGUAGACUCUUCUUCAUCAUCGGCAUCAUAUGGUCCUUUGCAAUCUCCCUCGCCAUUGCCUUUGUGCGCGAUUCAAAGAGCUUCAUUGCCCUCAACUCCCUCCUUGGUUUCGGAUGCGCAAUUCUUUCCCCUUCAGCGACGGGCCUCUUGGCAACCAUUGCCGAUCCCAAGCUACGCAGCUGGUCCUACGCUGCACUGGGAGCUGGCCAACCUUUGGGAUUCGUCGUGGGCCUCUUGGCCGCCGGAUUCCUUGCCGAACGAUGGCGAGUCAUUGCCUACAUGUUCUCGGGGGGAGCCUUCUUGUUCUUCGUCACAGCUCUAAUGUCGCUACCAGCUCAUGAUCCCCCUCCCCACGCCCCUUCAUCGCGCCGAGAACUCCUCUCCCGCUUUGAUUGGCUUGGUGCCGCCCUCUCAACGACGGGACUCGUCUUGCUCACCUUUGCCCUCGCCGAUGCUGGCUCGAGCUCGAGAGGAUGGAAAACACCCUUCGUCCCCGCCAUGCUUCCCCUCUCUGCCUUGGCACUGGCCGCCUGGGGCCUGUGGGAGAAGCGCCUCGAACGACGCUUUGCCAAUGGCACUUCCAAAGUAGCGCCUCUUCUUCCUCUGACCAUCUUCCGCGCACCUACCCUCUCACCACUACUGGGCAUGGUCUUCCUCCUGUGGUUGACAUUUAACGUCUUCUCCUACUUUGCUACGCUAUGGAUUCAAGAGGUUCAACGCCUCGACUCACUCGAAGCCGCUGUCCGCUUUAUCCCCAUGGUCGUCGCCGGCAUCUUCUUCAAUCUCGUCGCGGGCUUCGCAAUGAGUCGCAUCCAUGCUCUCUGGCUCAUCGUUUCUGGCGGCAUAGGCGGAGCAGGUAGCUGUCUCAUUCUAGCCCUCAUCAACAAGGACACGUCCUACUGGGCUGGCCUCUUUCCAGCAUUCAUCCUUACAGUUGCCACCGAUCUCGUCUUCCCUUGUGCUCAGUUGCAGAGUGUCAAGUCAGUCGGGCCUGCCCGUGCCGCGCUCGCUGGGGGGCUCUUCUCGACGACCACCAGGCUUGCGACAUCUCUGGGCCUCGCCCUCACGGCUACCAUCUCUGGACAGGUGACGGCAAAGUACGCCCACAGUCAAGGUGGAUUGGAUGCCACGGCACCGCAAGCACUCAUCAAGGGGUACCAAGCUGCAAUGUGGUUCUGCUUCGCGGGAUCCAUCGCUGGCGUCGUCGUAGCUUGUAUAUGGCUCAGAGGCGUUGGCAUCAUCGGAGACAGCGUUGACAGGAGAGACAUAGCACCAGACAAGGCCAGCAUCAAGGGUCGUGAGCCUCAUGAGGUUGAUGAUGCCGCACUCGCUCACCAUGAUCCCAUAGCAUUGGCCCUCGCAGUGCCGCCACAAGCAUGUUCUCGCGAGGUAGAUGACGGCAUCGAGCUCUCCAACAUUCGCGGCACGAGAACGCGUACUGCUUGCAGUCAUCUGGUUGAACGUGUCUAGAGAAGUAGAGAAGUCGGGCAUCAGACCAUCUUGACAUGUCUCGCUUCCGAAGUUCAGACGAAGAAGCAUCAAGAGAGUGAGAAGUAGCGCAGAUCGUACUGCUUCCGUAUUGCGUAUGAUUCCUCAUAGAAAUACAUUGCAUUGCUGGGAAU